AUCUUAUAAUCGUACGGUCACGAUUAAAACGUUCUUGCUCCUCUACAUAAACCUCGAGCUUUCCUUCUGGGCCUCGCAGCUAAUCUUUCUCGUACUUUCUCAUAAACCUCAAUUGCCUCUUCUCCAAAUCCAGAUCUAAGCCUUUCAGCUAGCUAUGGCAACCAUCGUAGCCGUCAAGGGAAGACAGAUCUUUGACAGCCGUGGAAAUCCAACCGUCGAGGUUGAAGUGACAGUGUCAGAUGGUUAUGUUGCGAGAGCUGCAGUUCCAAGUGGUGCAUCCACUGGCAUCUAUGAGGCCCUUGAGCUUAGGGAUGGAGGCUCAGACUACCUUGGCAAAGGUGUAUCAAAGGCCGUUGGAAAUGUCAACAACAUUAUUGGCCCUGCAUUGAUUGGCAAGGACCCAACGGAGCAGACUGCUAUUGACAAUUUCAUGGUUCAACAACUUGAUGGAACUGUGAAUGAGUGGGGUUGGUGUAAACAAAAGCUUGGAGCAAAUGCUAUUCUGGCUGUAUCUCUUGCUGUCUGCAAAGCUGGGGCUCAUGUCAAGAAAGUUCCUCUGUACAAGCACAUUGCCAACAUUUCUGGAAACAAGAAGUUGGUUCUACCAGUUCCUGCCUUUAAUGUCAUCAAUGGUGGAUCCCAUGCAGGAAACAAACUUGCCAUGCAGGAGUUCAUGAUUCUUCCUGUAGGAGCUUCCUCUUUCAAAGAAGCCAUGAAGAUGGGUGUAGAAGUAUACCACCAUUUGAAAGCCGUUAUUAAAAAGAAGUAUGGCCAAGAUGCAACAAAUGUUGGUGACGAAGGUGGCUUUGCUCCGAAUAUUCAGGAGAACAAGGAAGGACUUGAAUUGCUCAAAACAGCUAUUGCUAAAGCGGGUUACACUAACGAAGUUUUUAUUGGAAUGGAUGUUGCUGCAUCUGAAUUUUAUGGAUCAGAUAAAACAUACGACCUGAACUUCAAGGAAGAGAACAAUGAUGGUUCGCAAAAGUUAUCCGGAGAUGCUCUCAAGGAUUUGUACAAGUCUUUUGUCUCUGAGUACCCAAUUGUUUCUAUUGAAGAUCCUUUCGACCAAGAUGAUUGGGAGCACUAUGCCAAGCUAACUGCUGAAAUUGGUGAAAAAGUACAAAUUGUGGGAGAUGAUCUUUUGGUCACCAACCCCAAGAGGGUUGAGAAGGCCAUCAAAGAGAAAUCUUGCAAUGCGCUUCUCCUCAAGGUUAAUCAAAUUGGAUCAGUAACUGAGAGUAUUGAGGCCGUAAAAAUGUCCAAGAGAGCAGGAUGGGGUGUCAUGGCUAGUCAUCGCAGUGGUGAGACUGAGGAUACUUUUAUUGCUGAUCUCUCAGUGGGUUUGGCCACGGGUCAAAUUAAAACUGGAGCACCAUGCAGGUCGGAGCGUCUUGCAAAAUAUAAUCAGCUCCUUCGAAUUGAGGAAGAGCUUGGCGCAGAAGCAGUUUAUGCUGGAGCAAGCUUCCGCAAGCCCGUUGAACCCUACUAGAGUUUUGAGAGUUGGAUGAUAGUUUGCAAGCCUGUUGAACUCUACUAGAAUUUUGAGAGUUGGAUGAUAGUUUGUUCUGAUUUCGGAUCUCCCUUUUUUGCCUCUGUGAAAUAAGUUCUUGAACAUUUUAUCAAAAGUGGCCUUUGUUGAGCUUAUUCCUCUGAUUGUGACGAGGGAGAGCUCAAUACAAAUCCGAUUAGCCCAAAAUCCAGAAAAACUCGGGCGAGCCCAAAAAUAAAAUAGGAGCGUAAGUAGGGUUGGUAAAAUUAUGUCAUGUUCGGGAUGAUUGAACUUGUUCGACUCAAAUUAAAUGAAGUUUGAAAA